GUACAGCCAAUGGUCUCACUCCUGACACGGAAGCCUUUAGAGAAGAGGGAAGUUCAGUUUGUUGACUUCGUUAAGAGACAAGCUUGCUUUCUUGUCCGAGACGCGAAAAAGAAAGAAUUUCUAUGACUGAUCUCUGGUAUGUGAGUUUGCCGGUUUAAUGAACGACAGUACAUUGUGCAACUUUAUCUAAAUUUAAAACCAUUGCAAUUGUCGGGGUUUACAAACCGCUAGCAAGCUAACUUCGACAAGCUAAAGGAUUUAGGUGCAUUUUCCAAAUGACUGAGCUGCAGCCGUUGAGCCAGCUUCAGGAAACAGACGAGCUCUCGCUGAAUGUCCAGGAGAUGCAGUUCUGGCUGGACAAAGCGGUCGCCUGGGGUCAGGCCGACUCUCCAGACACUCGGAAAGACACCUGCCGACACUUGAGCAGACUGAGGAAUUUCCUCCAGCAAAUUCUCACUCAAAUCAACAAUACGAGCUCUACAGCAGAAAUCAUGAAGAAAUUUCCCCUCCUUGGCCAGUUUUUAGGCCGGCUCUGCUGGAACCCUUACGUUACAGUUGGAGAAACAAGCAGACAGCUACUCUUCCAGUGUAUUUUGGGACUGUACACAGAGCAUCCAAGCAAUGCUGUGGAAAAGAAAGCUAACCAGUGGAUACAGAAAGUGUUGUGUCAGCUUGCCACAGAAGAUGAUGUUGCGGUCCAGGCACUAACGAAGCACAUGGGUGUUCCAGCCAAAGAGUAUCAUGUCAAGGUACUACAAAAGAUGGUGAUGCGGCUGAAGGAAAAUGUUGAAAACAAUCACAGCUCUCAGAGUGAGGUGAAUCAGAGUAUCCUGUCGGGAUCAGAGGUUUUUGUUCCCCUUGCCACUUUUCCUGAGGCUUCUCCUGUUAUUGGUGCUUUGCUGCAACAACCUAUGACUUCAAUCUCAGACUCUCUGAACGAAGACUUCUUUGAUGCUCUGAGCUCAAGUCAGUCAAGAUAUGGUCUGCAGUUGGAGAAGCAGGCUUUAGUCUCUCUGUGGUGCCACAGCCUGCCCAGCCUGGAGGAAGCAGUGCUCAGUCUUCUGAAGUCUGUCACGUGCAGCGGGUCAGCAGCACCACAGAACCUCGAGCACCAAGUAACAAAGUCAUUUCUGCCUGAAGCUUGUGCUCAACAUUGUUCACUUUUCUUAGUUGUGAGCGAUAUCUUCAGAUCCGUUCUUAAACAGAAUGAAACAAGUCAGCCUGUUAGAUCUGUUGUUCAGACUGUAACCAGGUGUGUCUUGAGGGAAUUGUCGCUGCUGCAGCCUCAGACUUCUUUAAAAGACUUCUUCCCACAAUCCCCUUCGAGUCUGCUUGUUCCUCUGCUAACCAUGCCAUCAGAGAUGCCUCAGGAGGCUUUAAAUAACCACCUGAAGUGGCUCAGCAGCUCAUUACAGCGACUGGCAGAGGAUGGAGACGAAGGCUGCAGCACCAGAGGGCGCCACCAUUUGUUCGAGGCCUGGUUCCUGCUUGUGCAGUGUGCCCACUGGGUGCAGAUGGCGGUCCAGCUGCUCGUCACAUCAAAACCUGAGGACCGUGAUCCCCUUCUGUGGCUUCUGACUUUCUACCAUCACCCUACCAACAAGUGGCACCAGAGAGCUUUGCAGCUGGUACGGGUCAGAGAAGCGUGGGACCACCUGCACACUCUUUUCUCCGCCUCCGUGUUUCCUGUUCCUGCUGCCCACCUGCAGCCAUUAAUCACCCUCCUGUCAGUCAAACCUCAGCAGCCGUCACCAGCCCCGUCGUUGACCCUCGACCUCUUGGUUCAUUUUGCCGUUUUCUGCCGGCUAAAACUGAACGUAUCAGCAAGUAUUUUACAGACGGUGGUGGAUCUGUCUGGUCUGCGUGAUGGAGCAGCAUGUGUUCUCAGCUCGCUGCAUCUCAGAGUUCAGGAAGGAAGCUGCUUCAAGAGUGGCGAUGUUCAUCUCAGGAUCAGAGAACUUCAGAAGACAAUAACGCAAAUGAAUUAAGAGGACCAGAAAUGGGUGGAAAGAUGGGAUAUUUCUGCCUGACAACGAUGUCUUCAUCAACAGCUUGUAGUUGGCGCUUUGGCUGGACCGAACCUCUCCAGUUGGCUGUAGAGUCUGAAUGCAGCCUUCUGGUGUUUCUGGACUCCUUGAGAACGAGGAGGUGAGGGAUGGACCAUGGAUCGACCAGCAUUUCCAUCCACCGUCUGAAACCUGGAAGAAAAGAGAGGGUACACACAGAUUGGGAGGAUUACAUAUCAUUUGGUUGUUUAAAAUGCUUCCCCUGAUGUGAGGCCAAACACUGAAUACGUCCAGAUAAACAAGUCUGACUGAGACUUAUUAUCGGAGAAAUUGUUCAGUUUUUUCAUCUUUAAUCCAUGAAGUUCAAUCACUAGAUUCAUUAAACUAUGAAUUUAUCAUAUGUAUUACAUUUUUACAGAUUUACAAAGCUUUUUUUUGGUUCAUUGUGUACUUAUACUUCAUCAAAAUGUCCCCCUUCUCAAAACUUUUGCAAGUAAACAACAUGGUUGUUAAAUGUGGGUAAAUAGGCAUAAUCAUCCUCAAACCAUUUAAAAAAAGAAAAAAAUCUGCUCAUCUCACUGAGUUUUGGCCAAAUCUACCCUCUAAAGUACACACCCGAUAAACAGUCUGAUUUCAGCUGUCAGCUGUGUGUGUGUUUAUGUGUAUAACUCGUAAACACACACACACACAUUGCAUCUCUUGAGACGUCUCCUAUCUAUUGAUUGUCAAAAUGAUCAAUUUCUAGUCAAUCCAGUCUUGCACCAGCUUAUCUAUCCAUCCAUUUUCCUUGGCUUAUCCAGGGUCAGGUUGCGGGGGCAGUAGGCUAAGCAUAAAGGCCCAGACUUCCCCCCUCCCCAGCCACUUGGGCCAGCUCCUCUGGGGGAAUCUCAAGGUGUUCCCUGGCCAGCUGAGAAACACAGUCCCUCUGUUUCCUCCUGGCUAGAUGUGGCCAGAAAACCUCACCAGGGAGGCGUCCCAACCAGCUGCCUGAGCCACCUCCACUGGGUGUGGAGGAGCAGCGGUUCUACUCAGAGCCCCUCCUGGAUGACUGAGCUUCUUCCCCCCCAUCUCUAAAGGAGAGGAUAGCCACCCCGCGGAGAAAACUCAUUUCGCCCGCUUGUAUCUGCAUUCUUUUGGUCACUACCCAAAGCUUGUGACCAUAGAUGAGGGCUGGACCAUAGACCGACCUGUGAAGAGAGAGUGGAGCUGGAAGGCAAGACAGAUAUGUUGGUGAAGGUUCUCAGUCAUCCAGGUCAUGGUAAUCCAAAGGGGUUUGAGUGAAGGCAACUGGAGGGAGACGGACCUGUACAAUACUCGCCUCCAUUUGAGGCAGGACCUCGUCUCUGACCUGGAGAAGGCAUUUUACCCUUUACCAUCUAUAAAGCAAACACUUUGGUUGUUGGGAAGAGUUUCUAUGUUACAACCCCAACAUGUGUUGUUAAAAUGUGAAGGGAGGGGGUAACAUAAGAAACAUGACAGUGGAUUAAAAAUGGGUUUAAUUGCCAUUAAAGGUCUUAAAACAAGCGAGCAAACAGAUGGAGAGCAUUAUUAAAAUAACGCCAAACAAAAAAAAAAUUCUCAAAAAGGUUAACAUUAAAAGACCAGUUACCAACAUUUAAAACAUCUGGUUAAAACUUGCAUUAAAUGUUUUACCAAAACAGGUGUUUUAAAACCAAAGUCAACAAAAUUGCAUCACCAAGUUAACCUUUAAAACAAUCCCUCUGGAUCACUCAGAGCUUUCAUUUUUAAAAAACUCAUCAACUCAAGAGUUCAAACUCAUCUAAACGAAGGGGGUGAAACCAAACUCUGAGGCCUGGAGGACAGCAGAACCCCUGCACUGCUGAAGGCACGGCCUUUUUAUCCCAGGUGUUGGUCGUCAGAGGGACUCGUCUCGGCCGAGCUCCUGAGCAGCCUGGAGGAAAGGAGGAGGAGGAGGGGCGGUGUCUGGCUGAUCACCGGGGCUGGGCGAUCCUGGCUCCUGCAUCCAAAGUGGCCAAGCUGGUGGCCACAACAUUCUGGUUUGGUGGUGAGCAGACUGGACUCCUGUUCCUGCUGAACUGAGCCAGUGGUUCUGUAGGACUGAUUAUCAGCUCAGUAGGCACAGGAAUCCCAGCCCUUCAAUACGUCUCUUGGCAGUGAACCUAACUAACCUUCCUCUUUUUUUCCAAGUGUGUAGAAUACAACAAAAGCAGUUUAAAAGAAAGAAGGAUCGUUCAUUUUCUGCAGUGGGUGAAAGAGGGGGUACUGGAAGCUCGCUGCAUCCAGCGAUCUGAGAAUACUGGUGUAAAAUCAGCAAGAAAAACGACUGCAUGACAGAAAUAUGAAUCCCAUUCCUCCAGAACUUGCGUCCUGCCUGCCUUACUUCAGACCACAGGCGUUGCCAGCAGAUUCUUUGAAACAGAAUCCAACUCAGCAGUUCUUUGAACCACACUUGGCAUUAAAGAGACAAUUAGUCUGACUAAACACGCAUGAGGAGGUGUGGAUUUUGUGGAGAAAAUAAGUUUAUUUUCAGGAGCCUUCAUAGUACGUUGCUUUAUCCUUUGAUGUGUGGGGAACCAUUUCCAUCUCAUUAGAGUGUAAUAAAUCACCUUUUAGAUACAGGCUCUGAUGGCGAUUCCUCCCUUUUAUAGGCCGUUGAUAGUCAUUACUCUUUUAACAGGCCCUAAAUAUAGGUCUAAAAAUGGCCAGCUCCACAUGGCCAUCAUUUCUAAUUCACACAUCUGUCCUCGUUUAGUCGUCACUUUGUCGCUGAGAAUAUAGAGCGCUGUAAUGCCUCCUCUCAUGGCGUAUGUUCUAAAAAAAAAUUUGAGAUUCGUUAUUUUUCAGCCAUCUGUCAGGGUUUUGACAAGGGAGCAGGAUCGCGUAGAUCUGCAUUACAGAGAGCUUGUUAAAGAGGUGAUUCUGGCAGACUGCACCCGUGAUGCUGCCGAGGGUUUGCUGUAAAUUACCGUGGGCCGGUAUUUUACACUCUGGGGUCCCAGUCACUCAGGUUUUAGCACACAGUCCAGCUGCUGAUAGCAAAAUCUUGGGUGCACUUAGCUGUAAUGAGGUUUUUUUUCUUUCCUGACUACACUUUAAGGAAAGAAAUGUAGAAUUUUUUUAUGUUGAAUUAUGUCAACUGGUUCCAGUAAACCCAGUUGGACAAAUGUAAAGCAGAAUAUACGUUGUUAUAUGUUAUGGUAAAUGUUAGUCUUUAUUACUCUGUUUUACAUUUAAGCAAAUAGUGGAACCAGCUGAUACAACUUGGAUAAAGGAGACAUAUUCUGACUUUUCUUAAAGAGCAAGUCACCCCCAGAUCAACAUUUUUUUUAGCAGAUAAACUAUAUAAAUGAGCAUCUAAUUGUGCUGUAGACACGUGUAGUCAGUAAUUUGGAACUUUAGUGCAUCUUAGUUCUAAUUGAAAUAUCCUGCCUAAAACUGUCAGUGUCGCGCCCUCUUCAGGUAAAAACUCCACACUACAUUUAAAUUUAAAUCUACCAUUGCUAUUAGCUAAGAGGUACUGUGACGUGCCAUGUGAUGUCACAAUGCUGCUGUGAACCUGUGUGUGUAUAUUUGUUAGCAGCUCUGCCCUCUUGGUCUGCCAGGCAACGGCUCCUUUUGGCGCAUUUUUCAAACAGGAAAUGGGAGUGGAGUUAGACUCUGGUAGGGGGUGACUUGCUGUUUAAAUUAUAAUAACUCUGUGGGCAAUACCAGUGUUUCCCCUACAUAGGCUCGGGCGUGGUGCUGCGCUAUGGCUAAAAUUCCAGUGCCACACCUACGAGAGUACCCUUCGGAAACGCACGGCAGCGAAGCGGUCCUGGCGCAACAACCCUGCUUGCCCCCACAGGCGACACACGGCUGCGUAACGGUCUGCGACCAACCAACACAGCUGAAAAUGUGUUUAUGAAAUUCUUUGCAAAAAAAAAAACCCUUCCAGAUAAAGCUAUUUAAGCAGUUUUAUUCAUAAAAUAUUUAAUAACUUAAGGAAAAAAGCUGGCAGGGUAUCCGCGGGUCCUUAAAAAGUCUUAAAUUAGCUUUUCCAAAUGUAAGGCCCUAAAAAUCCUUAAAAAUGACAAAUAAUCCUUAAAUACAGUUUCCAAAGCUCUUAAAUUACCAAAGACCCAAUAAACAAGAUUCUUUUAUUUCUAUAAAAUUUUCGUGAAUUUCUAGUUAGUGUUCAGCAUUUUUUGUGUACGAUUUUGGCGUAAGCGGAACCGUACACAUUCAGUUGGUUGUGAAAGGGGGCUAUUUUAAGUGAGCACAUUAGCUGGUUAAGCUAGUGGGAGCGUGCGCCAUGGGGAAGUGCAAGUUUAAUUUUAACUGGAUGGCUAAUCCCACGUUCGCGACGUGGUUAGCACCGGUUCCAGGCAAUAGCUGGAAAUUAUAUCUUAAAUUUAAUGUUUAAAAAUAGCUUAAAUUUGGUCAAAGUGGCCUUAGGGGUCUUAAAAAGUCUUACAUUUGGCUCCCUUAGACCUGCAGAUACCCUGAGCUGGGGCAAGUCACGCCCACCCAUUCCCCACUCGGGUUGCUAUAGACCCCUUGACACGUGACAUCACAUGCUCAAUGCCUCAAAACAAAAUCAGCAUGGUUAACACAUGCAGCGCUGUAGGCUGCAUAAGUAGACGAAAGGACAGUAACGUAAAAAUGUAUAUGUUUCCAGCUGAUAAAAUAUGCUGAAGGCAAUAGUUAACAGCCAUGAAGAGAGUUUCUCAUGACAGAACAAAAAAGUCAAGGAUCUGCCCCACAUGCUCCAGAGUGACACGAACAAGUUAAGGCCAUCUAAUGACUUGUAUGCUGGGAUACGUUCGUUUCUUUUUACAUAAUUACACAAAAUGUGUUCUGUAAUUGGAGCAUUCAGCCUUUAAUGUCAUUUGUUUUGUGUUUACUGAGCUUGCCAGGAAUGUGAAAUAUAAAACUUAUUCAUUUAUUAAUAAAUUGUCCCUCCUGAAAUCUGCCCAGCCUUUAGUGUUGUUCUCUUUAUGUUUCUGUUUACUGAGCUCGUAAGAAUAAACAGAGAAUCUCCUAAGACGAAUUGUGUUACGGUGAUCCUUCAAAAUUAACCCGCUCAACGCAGUAAACAUCCGGUUACACUUUGUUGCUUCAGCUGUGUACAGUCCAGGUGUAUCAAAUGUUUGUAGAUGUCCCCGUACUCGACUAGCGGCCAGUCAUUUACAGCCUGUUAGCUAUUUCAAUGGAAUCUGGAAGCUUUGCGCUAAACAAGGUUAGCUGUAAGAUGAAUUAGUUUUUUAUUGGUGUUAGAUGAUCUAACGUAGCAAUGCCCUUCUAACUGGUCUUCCAGGCUGUACUGUGAGACCUCUUCAAAUGGUCCAGAAAGCAGCGGCACGUCUGGUCUUCAAUCAGCCAAAAAGAGCACACGUCACCCCUCUGUUCAUUGAGCUCCACUGGCUACCGCUAGCAGCACACAUCAAAUUCAAAUUGCUAACACUAGCAUACAAAGUCCGAGACGGUACGGCUCCCAUCUACCUGAAUCCUCUUGCAAAGGCUUACGUCUCGGCCCGGCCGCUCCGGUCAUCACAGGAUCGUCGGCUAGCAGUGCCUACACCACGCUCAGGACAAUCCAGACUCUUCUCAUGCAUCGUUCCACAAAUGUGGAAUGACCUUCCAAGCACUACCAGAACAGGGGCUUCCGUUGCAAUUUUCAAGAAACUCCUGAAGACCCUGCUCUUCAGAGAGCAUCUUCUAAACUAGCACCCUCCCUGCACCCGUCCCCCCUCUCUACUGUCCACUCCUUUGUUCCCUCCUCUCCAUGACUGUUGUCAAGUUGUUGUUGUUAUUGUUGUUGUUAGCCUCAAGGGCAAAAUGCCGAUUAGCACUUGUAAGUCGCUUUGGACAAAAGCGUCUGCUAAAUACAUAAACAUAAUAUCUAAAAGCCUAGUUUUUAUUUUGUUUAAAUCAUGGAGAGGGUCUUUGUGCCCUCCAGCACGAGACACUAUUACCUGGAUGUAAAAGUUACGUUUAAGGGGUCUAUAGGCUGACAAGCUCUGAUAUCUGGCUCAGAUUAAAACUACUACGCCUCCCAUAGUAGCUCUCUUGCACAUUAGAGGUGAUUCUUAUAUGAUAUGCAAAAAGUCCCCAUUUGUGACAUCACAAACGGGGACUUUUUGAAACUGCUUGUUUUAGGAAUGUAAUUACUAAAAACAAACUCGGUGUGUUUACAUGCGCGGUGAGUAAAUUUAGAAUGGCAUCUAACCCGUGAGAGGUCCUUUAAAUUUCUACCAAGAUUUCCAUUUCUAAUGCUUCAGCCUUGUUUAGCCUCACAUUGUGGAAAUGUGUGAGAACUUGUCUGCUUUAUGGGUCUCUGUAGCUCAGCUGCCUCGGGCUGAGAUUAGAUCAGAAAUCAAUACAUAUCAGCCGUGGAUGCCUGAGCAGCACUUUUUACUGCCAAAGUCAUUUUAAGUUGGGACCCUCAGGUGUUUUAAGCGCUUAAAAGAUGAUUUGGAGAAGUUAUUUUACUACCACCGUGUCAAUCUCUCUCUGUUCCCUUGCUGUUCCACAGCCGUAUCCCAGGCUGCCAGGUGAGUUGGAGGAAAAGUCCUUAAUUCUGAAGAACUCGGUAGUAUUUUUGAGAGGAAAGAACAUGAGAUAAUUAGAUGCUAACAGGUUCUACAGCAGCAACCUGAUCAGAUAUUUACCCGGUGAGGUUGAAACCUAUAAAACUUUUUUUUUUCAGUUGUAAGUCUACUCAUAUGUAAGCAGCAAAUAAGUGGUAACAGUUAGCAUAAUGAAUGUCCAGAACGCUCCGAAGCAGCCAGACGGGAAACUCGGAAUAGAAACCUUUUUUUU